CAGAUCAGCAUCCUUUGUAAGCCUCUCAAAUUCCUCUAUCACUUUGUCCAUGUCAAGAUCAUCCACUUUAUCCAACAUCUUCUUCACAGUCAUUCAGCUGCUGUCGAAAAGAUAAAAAGGACAGGCCAAACAAAGGUAGAACUGAAGAGGAAAGUUGCUUCAUGACAGCAGUAGAAUUCUCUCAUAAAGAUCCUUAUGGAAAAGGAGUGGCUUUGAUGGAUUUGACUUCUGGAUUUCUAGAGAGAGCAGUACAAGCUGGAUCUUCAUCUAGAGCACAAAUUGGAGCUUGGACAAUCUCAGUUUAGAGUAAAAAAAAAUGUUAUUCUCCAAACAAAAUCAACAAACUCACAAUCAAGAAAUCCAAAGAAAAAAACAUUUUUUUAUAAGCAUUUCAUUAAUGGGAGCACAAGGGGUGCCCAACCCCAAACAAAAUACAAAGAAACAGGUCAGUAAACAGAAAAAUAAGCUCUACACAACUGCAGUAUAGUCUACACUAGAGCAAGAACAUCAGAUAAAAUUCAAGCAGAGUAAAGGCCUUGAAAACAGUUCCGUGCUAGAACAUAGAGAGGGAAGGUAGUACCCAAAGAGUGAGGACGGUGAUGAGAAUGCUUAGAGAGAGAAGCUCUAACCACUUAGAGAGAGAAAGUGUAACUGAAUUUCAAUGCUCUCAUUAUUCAAAUGAGCUAAGAGUCCCUUACAAUUGGUAUUUCCCCUAUUUAUAGAAGUGAGGUUUGGGCUUUGACGCCUUUAACCUGCAUAAAUGGGCAAGUUGGGCCUUGGGAUGGGUGGCCCAAGGCCAUGGUGCGUCCCCCGCCCAAAGUCAAGUCUCCUGGGCGAGGGACCCAGGGGUCUCGCCCAGUCCACAAGACACCGAGCUCGAAGCAUGAGAGCUAAGUGUGUCUUUAAGCAAAAAAUAAGGCGACAUCCCUAAGAAUACUAACUAAGACCUAAAAACCUUAAGAAUCCAGAGAUGAAGAACAAUGGCCAACAUGGUCUGGUAAAUAAAGCCUUUACAAUCAACACUUUGGAUCUAUAGCCGUGCCCUCUCUUCCAGGCGAUCCAAGUCCACAAGCAGGCUUGUGGCGAAGGCUUCUAGUUUGCCCGCCCCAACAUAGUUUUGCACGUGCCUUGAAUCGUGACACUCCGCUGUGUGUUGUGUCCAUCCCAUGCGUCAAGCCUUGGAGUGACGCCGAGGUCAGUGAAUCCACAAAAUCUCAAUCGCUACCUUUGACAUGUCCCUUCCAGUCACAUCAAAUCUUUGACAAUUUGAAUUUUAACCAAUCGGCAGCAACCAUCACAGCUUUUCAUUUAAUGCGUCUUUCUCACUCCCCAGAAUUUCGCAACUGCAAUCAUGUCAUUCCCUGACGUCAUAGGCUCAACCUUUCUUUUUCCUCCACAUCCCUCGAUAACCAUCCACAACUUCCUCCUACACGUUUUCCUCCACACGUCGCACCUCGCUUAUAACAACAUUGUCCUACUCAUUCCUUCCGUUCCUUCGCGAUUACGAAUCUUUGCUCUUCUAUUCUCGCGCGAACUUGUUCAGUGUUAGAAUUACCUUUGUUCCUUGCAAAUCGUCCGCAAUGACUCCAAAGCGUCAGACCAAAAAUCUCAAACGUAAUGCCGUCGCGGCCACCCCUCUACGGUGUGUUCCUCCCGUUCCCCCGCCCCCUCCAGGAGGCGUUCCUCUUGAAGAAAAAGAAGUCAUUGCCUUCCGAACGAGGACUUGGGAAUCUUUGAGUGCUCCCGCCAUGAAGGCCUUGCUCGCCGGGACAAUACCCAACCAACGGUCGAGUUUGGAAAAGGAAUCAUCCAUUUGGGAGAUUUCCUCAGAAUCCGGUGGACUUUGUCAUGAGAAACCUCUUGACGAGCUUCUGCGUGUUCGUGCUUGCUUACCCCUUGAACGCCCUUGGCUCCGCCCCAAAGACGUCUCCGUGGGUGAUCCUCACUUCUUUUAUGUGUAUGGGUAUAUGUUCACAAGUUUGAAGAUUAAAUUUCCUUUUUCCCCUUUUAUCUGCUCCGUUCUUCACAAUAUCAAUGUGGCUCCUAAUCAACUUCAUCCCAACAGUUGGGCCUUCCUCCGGUGUUUCGAAAUUCUCUGCGACGCGAUUCACCAGGAACCUGAACCUUCGACCUUCUUUUAUUUCUAUCGCGUAUCUGUCCAGCCCUCCCCGCAACGUAACUGGGUUUCCCUAGAAGCCAUGCCUGAUCGUCAGCGCUUCAAUCUCAUCUGGCCUAGUAUCUCUAUCGAUUUAGCCCGGAAAUUCUUCAGGGUUGUGGUGUCCCACGAAUACCCUGAGGUUUUUACACACAGAGAUGGCACUGCUCGAUUUCCUUUCUACUGGACUCAGGGUGCGCGCCAAAUAGUUGACCCGUUUGAGGACUCCCUUACUCCUGAACACAAAGCUGUCAUCGACUUUCUGGCUCGUCUUGCCAUUUCAGACUGCUCUCGAGUGAUUGAUAAAUCUUCCUCUUUUACCCUUCUCGCUCUUUCUAUUUUCGGUCGGCUUAUACUUUUUUGUAUAUUUUUAGGACAAACUCACCGCGCCGAAGGGGAGCUUUUGGCGGCCUUUAAGAAGAAGAAUAACGUCUCAUUUCCCCCUCGAAUAAAUUUAAAAGGCGACAAGGCAUCUCUAUUGAGAAUCCAGACGGGCGGAAAACGGCCCCUUGGCGAGGAGGAUCCUCGCCCUUCCCCAACAAGGACCAUCCCAGCCCAACACGGUCUUGCCGACGACUCACUUUCCCGCCCAACAGUUAUCUUGUCGUCGCUUGGUCCAAACCUGACGUCUUCCGCCAACGCCCCUCCUCCACCUGUUCAUACUUUCACUCUUUCCUCAGGGUCUAUGAGUCGGGGAUUCCCGUGUUCUCUAACUUUGUCAUCAGCCCAAAUGGCGCGAAUGGAUGAAAUUGUUAAGCAGCGUGGCUUGGAUAAUGUCGCUGAAGGAGCUGUGGCGGGAGUGCUCCACGCGCUCCACUGCUAUAGGCGCUCCGCCCAGAGUGCUGACAAAUUACGAUCCAAAGUGGUGCGCCUCCGCGCUCUCAAUUCUCAACUUGCUGAGGAUCGCAAAGUGUUCGCCGCUCAACUGAUCGCCAAGGAAGACUCAUUUUCCAAAGAACUAGCCGAUCAGUCCGCUCGUGCUGAAGUUAGCUUAGAGUUCCGCGACCGGAGGAUUUAUGAAUUGGAGAAAACUCUUGCAGAGCUGCGGCAGGAGGCGCAUCUAGAAUCGAGCGCGAAAGCGGACCAAAUAGCUUUGAUGGAGGCCGACCUUGACAACCUUCGAUCUGACUUGGCGAAGAAAGACGACCUUCUAUCCUCCGCGAAGACUCAAGCUCAUCUUGAGGCGAAGGCCUUAGAAGAAAGAUUGAGGUCAGAGGCUGCCAUUGCUGUUGUUUCCGAACGUGGCCGAGGCUUUUUCCUCGCCAAAGCCCAAGUUGAACACCUUCAUCCUCUGAUUGACCUCAGCCAGAUGAGAGCAUUCAAGAGGGUGACUCCCACAGGAUUGGUCGGGCCCGACGAUCCUCCAGGCUUCGUCGCUGAGCACUUCCUGACAAAAGAACACGUAGAGCCAACUCCACAUGUUAGGAGUCCUUAGAUUAUCUUUGCCAUCUUUGUACCAAGG